CACUGUAGCGAAUAUGAUUCAUCCCCUUAUUUUGAAAAGUGCAUCAAGGAAGUCUUGUAUUUCCCCGGAAGUCCACGUCAUUCCAGACUACACUCCCUGUCUAGAAACACUCUGAAGCCGGUUGAAACUAAAACCAAACCUUUUUAAAAAAGAAUAAUUCUACAUACAUUUUUUUUCCUGUAAAAUUUGUCAUGGCGGAUGAAGCCACGCGCAAGGCAGUGUCACAGAUCCCGCUGCUGAAGACCCACGCUGGGCCACGGGACCGGGCGCUGUGGCCGCAGCGUCUGAAGGAAGAGUACCAGGCUCUUAUCAAGUUCGUGGAACAGAACAAGGCAGCCGACAACGACUGGUUCCGCCUAGAGUCCAACCCGGAGGGUACGCGGUGGACCGGGAUGUGUUGGUUCAUCCACGAGUUGCUGCGGUAUGAGUUUCAGCUGGAGUUUGACAUCCCGGUGACGUACCCCGACACCGCGCCUGAGGUAGCGAUCCCAGAACUGGACGGUAAAACCGCUAAGAUGUACCGCGGUGGGAAGAUCUGCCUGACCGACCACUUUGCACCUCUCUGGGCUCGGAAUGCGCCAAAGUUCGGCCUUGCGCACCUUGUGGCUUUGGGUCUUGGGCCUUGGCUCGCGGUCGAGAUUCCAGACUUGAUCAGCAAAGGGCUGGUGGUUCACAAGGAGCGCAGUCGGGAGGCGGCAGAGUGAUGGCCGGUACUAAAAAACUGGACUGAAAAAAAGGUUUAAGUCAUGGACUUCAGGUCAAGCUGACGGUGGAAACAUGGCGUCGUGGAUGAACAGUGUUGGGAGCUGCAGUGUGAUAAAACAUGUAAAUCAAUUCUAUCAACUCUAUGUCAUGAGUAAAACGUUCGACAGAGGUUUAAAAGA